GGGGGAGGGGGUGGAGGAAGCGGAAGUGUCAGAGCAGGCGGAAGUGGUACUGCCCUGAAUACCCUGAGCAGCAGCGGAGGACGGACUCUGGUCAACUCCCCAUCUUUCGCAGAAUUCACUCGGCAUCGCCCGCGCGCUCAAACUCUUCAAGAUGGAUAAGAUGGAGCUGGUGCAGAAAGCCAAGCUGGCAGAGCAGGCCGAGCGCUAUGACGACAUGGCGGCUGCCAUGAAGGCUGUGACGGAGCAGGCCAACGAGCUCAGCAAUGAGGAGCGCAACCUUCUGUCUGUCGCCUACAAGAAUGUGGUUGGUGCUCGCCGGUCCUCCUGGCGCGUCAUCUCCAGCAUUGAGCAGAAGACAGAGGGCAACGAGAAGAAGCAGCAGAUGGCCCGCGACUACCGCAUGAAGAUUGAGUCUGAACUCCAAGAAAUCUGCCAUGAUGUUCUGAAACUUCUGGAAGAUUACCUCAUUCCCAACGCCAACCCCCCCGAGAGCCAGGUGUUCUACCUCAAAAUGAAGGGAGACUACUUCAGAUACCUGUCGGAGGUGGCCUCCGGAGACACGAAGACGGACACGGUGGACAACUCCCAGAAGGCCUACAAGGAGGCCUUCGAAAUCAGCAAGAAGGACAUGCAGCCCACGCACCCCAUCCGGCUGGGACUGGCCCUCAACUUCUCCGUCUUCUACUACGAAAUCCUCAACUCACAGACGGAGGCCUGCGCUCUGGCCAAGCAGGCGUUUGACGACGCCAUCGCAGAGCUCGACUCCUUGAACGAGGACUCGUACAAAGACAGUACGCUGAUCAUGCAGCUACUAAGGGACAACCUCACUCUGUGGACAUCAGAAAACCAGGGCGACGAGGGCGAGGCCGGCGAGGGCGAGAACUAGAGCGCACUGCUGACCCUAACUCUCCCUCCUAUCUUCCUCUUCUUCCUCUCUUCGUACACAUGAGCCCCCUCCUCAUCCCCUCCCCCGACCUUCUGUAUAACCAGCAGCAUGAGCCCGACCAACACAAAGGUGUGAGGGGGAGUAAAGGCCCCUCCCUCCAUCCUCCCUAUCAUGGCACUCCGGGGCCGGGUGGACCACCCGUCGGUCCGUUUGCAUGCUGGGAGGGUUUUUAAUCUGAACCCACAUUGAUUUGUCUUUUAAAUACUGCCCACCCUCCCCCUCCUAUUUAAUCUCCUCCCUAACACACCCCCUCGCCCCACCUAGGGGUCAUAUGUUGAUCUAGCUCCCCCGUCUCUCUUUUGGCUUUUCUUAGUGUUGACUCCAAAUCCAGAACAAAAGUAUAUUAAACUGUCCGUUUAUUUUCAACAACACUGUGAUGUUAAGUUCUUCUCUGAAGAGGGCAGGCAAAGGGCGCCAUGCCCAAGGUCGUUCGGCCAAACUUCGCACUGCUGAAGGUCAUACAGAAGGCUCCACACAGGGACGGAUUGUGACACUGACCAUCUCGGAGAACAACCUGCGAGUUGGAAGCACUCAGUUCUGCCCAACAUUCCGCCGUCAUCCGUCCUGACCGCCCCCCGCCAACCUUCGCGCCCAAACCUCUCUUGGUCAUUUCUAAGCAGUGAAUUUGUCUCCUCAUCGUCAAUCUGUUGAAUUUUUCUGCUUCUGCUGUCCAACAUGGCGCCCCCAAACAUGCCAAUGGCUGUUUUCUCCUCACUGUCUGGCGAUAGGACCGCUCCGCAGACAGUCUGUCGAAAGGGGUCGGAGCAAGUCCUGGCUGAGGGAUGCUGCUGUCAUUUCACCUGGCUAGCUGUGUAACUUGGCAUCCAUGGUGUGGAAACGGUUAGCAUGUGGGGAGGGUCUGCUUCUCAUGGUCCAAGACCUCAGUGGAACAGCGCUUUCUCAUGGACUUGGACGUGUGAUGUAGGCGUGGGAUGUGUUUCGGCCCUCAUCACAUGACAAUGUGAGGAGGCCAGAUGGACUUCAGUGAAAACAAAGGCCCAUACUAGUCCCGUCAAAACAACAGCACUGGGGCGCGACACGGUUCCAACGCAAUGAGUGCUUCUAAGCUCUCUCUUCAGCUACUGUAUCUCUCAGCAGACUUCAGAUGUCUGCAGACUGGUUUGCCUCACGACUCGACUCAACAUUCCCCACGUUUGUUCAGUCAGUGUCACAAUCGCCUUGUUGUCGACCGUCUCCACAUUCCACCCGUAGCGGUAGAAACAUGGCACGUGCUGAUGGUUUGGUUUUAUGCCGGUGAAAAAUGUUUUCAUGCACUGAAGUUUGUAAAGGUUAAAGACGGCCCCUGCCCCGCCGCUCGUCUCUCAUUAGCCAAACCGAAAAAAGUUACUCUUCGCUUUUUAAGGAAAAACUGAUCCCAUGCAGUAGUGAAUGUGGCACCGAGCCUGUCUGUAUAUCUGGUAUUUCCAAUUUUUGUUUUUACUGACCAGUAUUCCAGUUUAAAAAAAAAAAAACGACAAAAAAUACCCCCCCUUCCCUGGAAAAACUUAAAAAGGAUAAAAAAAUGUUUUUGCUUCUGUGAGUUUUAUUGCUUAGCGCACGUGGUUGUGUAAUUUUAGAUCUAGCUUCAGAACGCAGAGUCAACUUUUUUUAUUUUAAAACUGACAAAAGACAAAUAAAACAACCCCGGAUACCCUCGCCCGCACCCUGGUUAUCGACGUAAUUCUAGAUUUGUGUAUGUCUUUUGAAAAAAAUAAAACUCUAGUUUCACCUUACGUGUUAUAAACAGGACGAAAUGUACAAGACGAUUUUAAGUGAAAUAAAGGUUUUAUCAGUUCCGAAA